AUGGACCUCCGGCAGUCAAUCGCCGUUCAAACCGACUUCUCCUCGUGGCUCGCGAAGCACCUCAUCUCGACCCACGUCAAGGACAACACCACCCACGUCAAGGACAACAACUUCGUAUUCUCGCCCCUCUCAAUUCACGUCGUGCUGGCAAUGGUCGCGGUCGGGGCGGGCCGCCCUGCACGCGACCAGCUCCUGCGCUACCUCAUGUUCGAUUCGAUCGAGGAGCUCAAUUCCCUAUCGUCGCAGAUCGCCACCAGGCUGCUAGCCGACGGCGGGCCGCUCGGCGGCCCUCUCAUGUCCAUCGUCAACGGGGCUUGGAUCGAACGCAGCCUUGCCCUGAAGCCGGCUUUCAAAGAAACCAUCGAGAAUGCUUAUGGGAGCACAGUGGGUCAUGUGGAUUUUCGUAAUCAGUUUAAUGCGGUAAGAGAAGCAGUGAAUGCUUGGGCCGAGGAGAAAACAAAUGGUCUGAUAAAAAAUCUGCUCCCACCCGGCUCAGUCACUAGUACGGCUAAACUCAUCCUUGCAAAUGCACUCUACUUCAAAGGAGCCUGGGAUUCAGAAUUCGACCCGUCUCUAACCCGAGUCCACGACUUCUUCCUCUUGAACGGAAGUUCGGUCCGUGUCCCCUUCAUGACCAGCUUUGACAACCAAUUCGCGCUCGCCUUUGACGAAUUUAAGGUUCUAAAGCUACGGUACCAAAAGGGCCAGGACACACGGGCAUUCUCCAUGUACUUCUUUCUUCCCAAUGCCAGGGAUGGCUUGCAGGCGCUCGUCGAGAAAUUCGGCUCGAUUUCUGGGUUCAUAGAGCACCACUCGCCAAAUCGAAGAGUGAAAAUGGGGGACUUUCGUCUCCCCAAGUUUAGAAUAACCUUCGAUUUUGAGGCUUCGGAGUUUUUUAAAAAGCAAGGAUUGGUUCUCCCUUUUUGCGGUGGUUUGACCGAGAUGGUUUACUCUGAUCCGUAUAAUCCACUCGAAAUCUCGCUCUUUUUCCAUAAGGCAUACGUAGAGGUGGACGAACAGGGCACGGAGGCUGCAGCAGCUUCGGCUUGUGUCAACGUUGUUGGAUGUGGGAUUUACAGGCAGGAGGACUUGUUUGACUUUGUAGCUGACCAUCCUUUCCUCUUUGUAAUAAGGGAGGAGACCAGUGGUGUUGUGCUCUUUGUUGGGCAAGUUGUGAAUCCUCUGCUGUCUGACUGA